GUGUGGUCAGGAUCAUUUCCGAUGAGAACGGCCAUUUUCUCUCUCUCCGGAUUUGUUCAUUUGCAACAGAUAUGGCCGACUAUUCAAACGUGGCUCCGCCGUCGGGAAAUGGCGCAGGAAUGAACGACGCUUUUAAAGACGCACUUCAGCGAGCUAGACAGAUUGCGGCAAAGAUUGGGGGGGAUGGCGUACCCCCCGCAGCGCCCUCAGGCAGUGAGUUUGGCUAUGGAGGCCAGAAGCGACCCCUUGAAGAUGCCGACCAACCAGAGACCAAGAAGGUGGCACCUAAUGACUCGUUCUCAACAGCGAUGGGAAUGGGAGGAAUGGGAGGUGGAGGAAUGGGAGGUGGUGGACCACGAUCGUCGUCAGAGGAGUUCAAGGUUCCUGACGGAAUGGUUGGAUUCAUUAUUGGAAGAGGAGGAGAACAGAUAUCCCGCAUGCAACAGGAAGCAGGCUGCAAAAUCCAGAUCGCCCCCGACAGUGGAGGAAUGCCUGAUAGGUCGGUGACACUGACUGGAUCCCCAGACUCCAUACUAGCUGCCAAGAGGCUGCUGACGGAGAUCGUUGAUAAGGGUCGUCCUUCUCCAGCCUUCCACCACAACGACGCCGGUGGCCCCGGUAUGUCUGUCCAGGAGAUGCUGGUCCCUGCCUCCAAGGCUGGCCUGGUCAUCGGGAAGGGAGGAGAGACCAUCAAACAGCUGCAGGAGAGGGCCGGGGUCAAGAUGGUGAUGAUCCAGGAAGGGCCUCAGAACACAGGAGCGGACAAACCUCUACGCAUCUCUGGGGAACCUUUUAAAGUCCAGCAAGCCAAGGACAUGGUGAUGGAGCUGAUCAGAGAGCAGGGCUUCAGGGAGCAGAGAGGAGAGUAUGGCUCCAGGAUGGGAGGAGGAGGCGGCGGCGGUGGAGGAGGUGGUGGAGGAGGAGAGGGCCUAGAUGUUCCUGUCCCCAGGUUUGCGGUAGGAAUCGUGAUCGGGAGAAACGGAGAGAUGAUCAAGAAGAUCCAGAGCGACACAGGAGUCAGGAUCCAGUUCAAACCAGAUGACGGCACUACCCCGGAGAGGAUAGCCCAGAUCAUAGGUCCUCCAGACCAGUCCCAGCAUGCAGCAGAAAUCAUCACUGACCUUCUGAGGAGUGUCCAGCAGGGGGGCCGGGCGGUCCUAACGGAGGGGGCAGAGGGAGAGGCAGGGGGUAACGGGGGUGGUAACUGGAACAUGGGUCCUCCGGGAGGAUUGCAGGAGUUCACCUUCACCGUCCCGACCAUGAAGACUGGACUCAUCAUCGGCAAAGGUAGAUCCUAUAACUGGUAUCUGUCUGGUUCGUUGACACGCCUGUCCUGUCCGCCUCUCCAGGGUCCAGUCAGUCCAAUGGGUGGUCCUCACGGCCCCCCCGGCCCCCACGGAGGUCCCUCUCCCCACGGGCCCCCCGGCCCACCUGGACCCCCUGCUCAAAUGGGCCCCUACAACCCCGGCCCCUACAACCAGGGACCCCCUGGACCACAUGGUCCUCCGGCUCCCUACCAGCCUCAGGGUUGGGGCAACGGCUUCCCCCAUUGGCAGCAAGGACAGCCAGACCCUGGUAAAGCUGCAGCUGAUGCCAACGCGGCGGCCUGGGCAGCGUAUUACUCCCAGUACCAGCAGCAACCCCAGGCUCCCAUGACACCCACCGGCGGAGCCCCCGGCAACCCACAGGCCAAUGGGCAAGGUCAGCAACCACAGGACUACACUAAGGCCUGGGAAGAGUACUAUAAGAAACAAGGUCAAGCUGCCCCCCAGGCAUCAGCAGCAGGUGGUCAGCCAGGCGGUCAGCCAGCCGGGCAGCCAGCCGGUCAGCCGGACUACAGUGCUGCCUGGGCAGAGUACUACCGUCAGCAGGCUGCUUACUACGGACAGGGAAGCCCACAGGCCAUGGGAGCCCAGCCGCAAGCACCUCAGGGCCAGUAAUGUGAAGUGGACAAAAAGUUCAUGCUACAUUGUCGAGAAAAAAAACAAACAAAAAAAGUCCUUUUUUGUUAAAUGUGUUGGAUGGUGCAGAUGACGUCUUGAUGAAGAUCUUAAUAUCCCCCCUGUUGGUUGGUUUAAAAAAAAAAAAAAUGUUUCACAAUAGAUGUGUUGGCCACGAAGUCACUCCGGAGACACGACACAAACCACCGUCCUAUUUAUCUCUUUUGUUUGUUGAUUUUCUUGUAAAUUAACGGUUUUGUUUUUAGUGAGGUAAUAUGGUGAUUUCUAUUCUUCUGUCAUGCUAUGUGGUUAGAGCUCCUGUUAUUAUCUCUAGUCGUCUACCAUGUGAUAUCAGCUCCAUUUUUAAAUAAUAUGCCUGUGUUUUGCAAUAAACUAAAGUGAAACCUACUGUGUUGGUAAGUUGGGUCGGUAAUAGAUGUGACUAAAUAUGAACUCAACUUAAAAAAUCAUGUACAUAUAUUCUUUGUUUUGACCGUAAUGGAAACUUGGGAAAAAUGUUUUAAAAAAAACUAAAUGCAGGGCCCUCACUUCUCUCUCUACUCUCGCUCUCCUUUGACUGUCAAAAUGAUUUUUUCUGACUGCCUGAAAGUUGUUGUCCUGUCUCUCCAACGGUCUACACAUCUCCUGGUAACAGUACGGUGGUUUAUUUAGAUGUGAGUUCAUCGUUCUGCCUGUCUUUGACUGGGGUCUGGUUUCGGUGUUCCCCAAGGUUCUGUUCUAGGACCAAUUUUGAAAUAUUACCCAGUCUCGACUUGUUUAUAUUAUUAGUCUUUGUUUUUCUGCCUGUACUGCUCUGCCUGUACUGCUCUGCCUGUUCUGUAUGACCAGGCAGAUGUCUCCUUAUCCCAUAAUGUAGUACUGGUAGAGUUGGUGGCUUUACCGUUCUGAUCUACGUGUCUCAUUACCUGCAGUGUUCUGGCAUCUCUGUCAAACUCAACUGAUGUAAUCUGACUGUCUGCGGCCCUAACGUGUUACCCUAUUCCAGUUAUAGUGCACUUGGCUCCCUAUGGCUCUGGUCUAAAGUAGUGCACUAUACUGUGAAUAGGGUGCCAUUUGGGGAGGGACUCAACCUGAACUAAGGUAACUAUAAGGUUGCGUUUUACACAUGCAGCCCAUUUUUCAGAUUAUCGUUUCGUCUCACCAACUGGUAUUUUGACCAAUUUUGGAUCAGCAUUGAAUCCAGAUCUGAUGUGAUUGGUCCAAAGGCCAAUUAGUGGACAAAAUAUUGGAUUUGGGCUGCCUGUGUCAACACGGCCUUCGUGUGCUUUACUGUUUAUAUAAUGAGUUACUUCCUCCCUCACACUCAAGCUUAGACAAGCGGUAAGCAAAGCAAGUAUAUAUUAUAAUUUUUUUUUAAACAAUCCAAAAUGUUCCUCAGAAAAAAAAUGUCUCACUGCAAAAAUGUUGCGUUAGUGUAUUUCUGUUCUACUCCCUCUGUCUUCCAGGACAGGUAACUGGUCUGUUAUGCUGCCUUUGAGACAUGCCCUGCAUUGAAACGUUUGUUCUCUCCCCUACCCCUCUAAAAUGUGUACAUACAUUUAUUUGCUGGCAUUUUCUAAACUCUUUUUUUUGAUACUAUAAAAACAAUGCAGAAGACGUGUGUAAAUUGACUCUACCCAAUGCAUUGUUCUGUUUAGUCAACGUAAGAACGUAGGUUGUUGGUAGGGCCGAGGGUUUGGCUGGUCUGAGCGGUGCCAACAGUUGACCUCUUACUCUGUUUGUACAAUACUGUGACUAUAACAACCCCUGUGACUGAGCACUACUGCCGUGACGAUAUAACAACCCCUGUGACUGAGCACUACUGCCGUGACGAUAUAACAACCCCUGUGACUGAGCACUACUGCCGUGACAAUAUAACAACCCCUGUGACUGAGCACUACUGCCGUGACUAUAUAACAGUGACUGAGCACUACUGCCGUGACUAUAUACAGUGACUGAGCACUACUGCUGUGACUAUAUAACAGCCCCUGUGACUGAGCACUACUGCUGUGACUAUAUAACAACCCCUGUGACUGAGCACUACUGCUGUGACUAUAUAACAACCCCUGUGACUGAGCACUACUGCUGUGACUAUAUAACAGUGACUAUAUAGCAACCCCUGUGACUGAGCACUACUGCUGUGACUAUAUAACAGCCCCUGUGACUGAGCACUACUGCCGUGACGAUAUAACAACCCCUGUGACUGAGCACUACUGCUGUGACUAUAUAGCAACCCCUGUGACUGAGCACUACUGCCGUGACUAUAUACAGUGACUAUAUAGCAACCCCUGUGACUGAGCACUACUGCCGUGACGAUAUAACAACCCCUGUGACUGAGCACUACUGCCGUGACUAUAUAACAACCCCUGUGACUGAGCACUACUGCCGUGACUAUAUAACAAUCCCUGUGACUGAGCACUACUGCCGUGACUAUAUAACAGUGACUGAGCACUCCUGCCGUGACUAUAUAACAAUCCCUGUGACUGAGCACUACUGCCGUGACUAUAUAACAGUGACUGAGCACUACUGCCGUGACUAUAUAACAGUGACUGAGCACUACUGCCGUGACUAUAUAACAGUGACUGAGCACUACUGCCGUGACUAUAUAACAAUCCCUGUGACUGAGCACUACUGCCGUGACUAUAUAACAGUGACUGAGCACUACUGCCGUGACUAUAUAACAGGGACUAUAUAGCAGCCCCAAUGACUGAGCACUACUGCAGUGACGAUAUAGCAGCCCCUGUGACUGAGCACUACUGCAGUGACGAUAUAGCAGCCCCUGUGACUGAGCACUACUGCAGUGAUGAUAUAACAGUGACUGAGCACUACUGCAGGGACUAUAUUGUCUUGCUGUCGAUGUAUUUAUUUGACUGAUUGCAAAACAUACAAAACUGUAGUGUUUUUGUCAAAUUGCAAAUGUUUUCCUUAAGUACCGGGUAAGUAUCAAGUUCUGGUACAGAAAGUAAAGUACAAUGGAAUUUUGUCCUUCCUGAACUAAACUUGCAUUAUUAUUUUUUGGACUGUUUUGUUUCCCCCUGCAAUAACUCCCAUGAUGCAUUUAGAGUAUAUUGAAUUAUAGCUUGUGUUCAAUCGGGACUCUACGUAGGAACCUGUUCUAUCACAAUACCAGUCAGACUGUUCUGUUUGAACUCUGAAGUGUAAGCAUCGUUUCCUGUCAGAUUUUAGUACAUGUACUAUCGACAGACUGCUCUGUGCAUUCAUCAUGUAGGAAUGUAAUCAUUUAUUGGUUAUGUAAGAGGUUUUGCUUAGUCAGAAUAUAGAGAUGGUAAUUAUUGAUAAAUUAUUUGAAGAAGAGAAGAGAAAAAAAAAGAAUUGAUUUUAAUGGCCCCCCCAAAAAAAUGUACUUUUCUAUUGGAAAUGCAUAUUCUCUCUGAAUUGUUCUCGUUUUUCCCAUUCAGCAUGUUGACGUUGUUUCAAUGCUGCUUAUUGAUGUCUCCUAUCAUCAGCAUGUGGGUUAUUGGUUCAGUACAAUGUUCUACAAGUGACACAGAUCCAUUGAUUUGAUUUUUCUAUCUCCGAUGUGACACGCUGUUCUGUUGAUAUUCAGCACUGUAACUGAACUAAGGCUGGUUUUGAACUGAGUGAGUGCAUACAGUUGCAAUGUCAUCUGUGUGAUUGUUGCAGUGUCACUGUCACCCCAGACCUUGACCCAUAGGUUCUGCUGCUGGCAGUGAGUCACACAGGUAAGGAAAACGCCCGACCCUGUCACAUACAUUUUGUAUACACCCAGAUUUGCUCACCUGAACGUACCUGAUAAAAGCCUUUAACUGCCCAGCAUACCAUGUUCAAUCUAGCUAUGCUGAAGAUCUUAAUAAGCUAGGUAGGAUUUGUAGUGAUAUCAACAGUCGUUUGUUCAUUAUAUAAAGUUGUGAUGGUAAUGAAUGACUUGCAUGGAACAUGUUGAGUUGUGUGGGUUUUGUUUUAGAGCAGCAACAUUUUUUCCCCCUCUGAAGCUAAUGCAACAUUCUUUAUGAUGGCUUGUCCCACCUCUGACUGAUCUUUAGUACAAUUUGACAUUUCUUCCUAUAUGUUGCUUUAGUUCUAGUAAUGCUCUGAUUUAAAGAAACUAGUUUUAUUGAAGGUUGCGUAGCAUAGUCUCCCCCAUGGUAAGCCCUACUAUAAUGCGUUACUCUCCCGGUAAGUCCUGCAGCUUGCCUGAAGCAUAGCUGGUCUACUUUAACAUUUAGCCUGGGUACCUGUCUGUUUAGCUGUCGUUCCACUCGUUGCCACUCCUUGGUAUGACCUCAGGGUGGCUAGGAGUAGAAUGUUAGCAUAAAACAGGCCACUUUUUAACAUGCCUAUAAUAUAAGACUGCUACUGUUGGCAGAAAGCCAGACUUGAUGUGCAUACAAGUACAUGAUGCUGUAAUCUAAUGAUGCUCAUGCUGUUAAACUGACUGAUCAUUGGUGUGAUGCAAAGCUUUCAUUAUCUAUAAUAUAAUGCCCCACAAUGCAAUGAUGCAGUGUUGUUUAAAAUAUAUAUAUAUAAACCCCCUGCUGCCUUGCCUGCCUCCCUCCCACCUCUCACUCAGAUGCUGUUGGAAGACUGAGGUUCCACAUUCUAGAUCUGGUUCUUCAUCUAGUAUGUUCUAGAUUCAGGAACAGGCCCCCAGCCAGGCUGGGCUAGUUGUCCUGUAGAGGAGACUACUGAGAGGCGUCACACCUUUUUUGAGUCUGUCUGAUGAUCGAGGUGUAGGUGACCAUUUGAGAGCGAGCUCCAGAUAAGGUAAACUAAAACAAAGCAAUGCAAUGAAAUGGGGUGGGGGGGAUUCUGUGAUUUGAUAAAUUGACCGUGAUGCUGUUUGUUAGGGAUGUCUUAUCUUUGUACAGCUAAAAGAUGUCAUAGCAUUUCUGAUCACCUGGUGACGUAUCUAUCACAUUUAUCUCAUGAUUCUCCUCUGCCACUUCCUUCCUGCAUCCCAAAUGGCACCCUAUUCCCUAUGCGUGUCACUUCUGCCCUGGUCAGUAGUGCAUUUUUACAUAGGCAAUAGGGUGCUAUUCUCAAUGCUGCCGUUGUCAUGAGCUAGGGCGUGUUGCUUAGUUGUGCUGAACCACCAAUGCUUUAGAGAGUUGGAUGAGAAAUAACCAGGAAGUGCUGUUGUGUUUUUUUUAACGUUCAAAUGUCAGGCUCGUUCAAACCUUUUUGGCAGUAAAUUGGAGAGUUUCCUUCUAGUUCUGUUUGUCCUUCAUUCAUUAGAACUCUUAUGUCCUCUUGCUAGUCAUUUUGCUCCUAGCAUAUUCUGUGUUCUAAUUCUUUGCUCAGAGAUCAGCAUCUCACACGUAUACAGUUUGAGGUCAGGGGGCACGUUUGGGUGGUGUGGAAGACUCAGAAGGGAGAAAUAUGGAACAUGCCUUUAUAAGGUAAACAAAUGAAAGGUUUAAUGUUUUAUCGAAUGCAACUUUGUUUUGUUUUUCUGUCUGACUGUUCUGGAUCUUUGUUGCCCUGUCCAGUAAUGGUAAUAAAGACGGUGUUUAUCUGUU